AUGUGGCCCCUCUCGGGGUCCCCAUCCAGGAAGACGGCAGUGACCAGCGCAGCUGAGUUUGCUGGUAAUGGCUUUCAUACUUCACUGCCAAGUCAUUGUCUGACCGCCUCUGGCUCUCUUCCACCCUUCACGUGGUUGUGCGAAAAGAGCUUUUCGAGGAAGUCGGUCGACUGGCAUACGCAGCACGUGGCCAGAGCAGCUUUUGCGAACCUACGUCACCUGUGGCGCCGUUCCGUUUUCCUUCAACAUAGGCACCUCUGUGGCCGAUAUAACAUCCACCUGUCGGUGAAACGCAGGGUCUACAACGCGAUCGUUUGCCCAGUUUUACUUUGGAGCUAUAUGGUCUGGCUACUACAAGAAAUCAAUCCAGUACCGCAAAGACUAAGUGGAAUUAUGCAACACAUGAACGCCUACCAUAUUAAAAGCUUCAUAAGGUGCCAACAUACUCACAUCGGUCAUUCUAACAAACAUAAACAGGAGUAA